AUGAGGACAUCAAUUUCCCGCGUCUCCAAGGCGCUGUGAAGGCGGCGGCGGCGGCGGCGCAUCGGGGCUGUUAUCUUCUCCCUCCGAGCGUAAUAAACGCAAUCCAGUGUUUCAAAUGUUCUGAGCCGGCAUGAUGGUCCUUCAGUCGACUGGACCCGCACACGAGUAAACUUGCCCUUCCGGGAGGUGGGUGGACAAACACCCAAGUCUGAAAUGUGCGAGAGAGCCGUGCCCUUGCGGGACGACAACGUGGCGGAGGACGCGCCGGCCGACGGGAACGCCAACGACAUCAGGACGGAUGGCGAGGGAGGCGGCGAUGGCGGCGGCGAUGGCGGCGGCGACAGCUCCGGCGGAAGCCGCGCCCUGUCCCAACUGGACAAAGGGGUCAUCCGGGGAACCAACUCCCAGUGCGAUGACCCCGAGUUGGCAGAGUUUGAGAUGCUGGAGUGUCAGGAGCUGGAGGCCUACCUGGUGGAGGACGGAGAAGACUUUGUCGGGCUGAGGGAGCACGCCAAGGAUCAGCCGCCUUCCGCUAGCAAAACGGCGGCAGAGCCAGCGACCGACGUCGACAACCAGGGCGAGAACAUGGCUGAGUCCUGGGUGGAUCUCAACUUGAAUUCCACCAAGGAUCUCGCCCACGAGCGGAACAGGAACAACAACCAGAAGAAUAAAGCCGUCCCAAACGCCGCCAGCGAUAAAAGCGCAAGAGCGGACGGGAGCCCUCGCAGAAGCAAAGCGGUGGCAGCGCCGCCGCCGCCGCCGCCGCCUAAAGUAGUCAAGACGCAAGGCUCUUUUGAUAACUCCUUGAAAAAACAGAACUCCUUUGAGAGGAGCUUCAAAAAGCAGCUCUCCUUUGAGCGCACCUUCAAGAAGCAGUUGUCCUUUGAAAAUUACACAAAGAAUUGCGCAAAGAGCUCCUUGGAGAACAUCUCCCGUUCCUCCAGCCUGGAGAGGCGGAAGGCGUGGGGAAGCUCCAAUCGGCCGCUCGCUCCGCCGUCGCCCAGGAAGCAAGCGCCCGCCUCUCCGGCCAAGGGCCAGAGCGGUUGGGCGCCCAAGACCGUUCUGGCUAGCGGCAUACCCAAAAGUGUGCUUCCUCUGCAGAAAGACUCUGACGCCAGGAGGUCGUGUUCCCCACCAAAGCCCCAAAACACCCGUCCCAAAAUGAUCACCUGCGUACGCCAAAAUCAGCCAGGAAAAGCGCAGGCGGCGCCUGAAGCCAGCGUGCACCUGCAUCCGAAGCACUCCACGGCAGCUCAUGCAGAUCCCAAGCACGGACAUGUGUCCAAAGGCUCAGCCCUCUUUGACAAGCACAGAGAGGACGUGUCUGGGAUGAAAGUUGGAGCCAGCAGUGGUUCUCAUCAGGACAUUCCCGGGAAAUGGCCCCAGGAGGACGGAGUCAGCAUCUACCGCUCCCCCAGACGUGCCAGGCCUCAGAUGGGGCUGGGCGCUGUCACCAGACAACCCACGGCCAAAACGCCAGGUCGAAAGUCGUCCUCGGCGCCGCUCGGACCUCACGGUUGCCAGGAAGCUUCAGGGGAACAAAGGAGGUCAGGUCCAGAGAGCUCCCCCAGGAGCCUUUUGCUUCAAUCCGGCCAGUCCGGUCUUCGUCCUCCGGGUUUCUCCGCCCUUCCUCCUGCCAGAGUGAGCGGCGCCGGCGUCACGAAGACCUCGUCGUCCAUGUCCGGUGACAGCAAUACUUGGCGGACCUGGAGAAGAGAGACGCUGAAGGAGUCAGAGGCGUCCUCCCCGAAAAAAUCUGCAGUGGUUCCGCCUAAGCCUCAAUCCCCUGCUCCUGCGUUGGCCGGCGCUGCCCGCGGACGCUGCGGGUCGUCGCAGGAAGUGGACCGGGCCCUCGUCAAGCUGCUGCGGGAACGCUGCGAGCAGCAAGCGCGCCGGCUAAACAGCCUGCAGGCGCAGCUGAAGAAGGCCUCGCUGUGCAUGAGCGUCUUCUCCAUCACCACGCAGCACUUCUGCCACAAGAGCGAGAGUGCAGCUGUGAGGGAAGAGGAACUGUCCCAGGAGCUCGCCAGGAUCAGGGAUGAAGUGGCUUUCAGCGUGUCCCACUGGGAGCAGCUGCAGCGGGAGAAGCAGGAGCUGGAGCGCCGUUUCCAGGCCGAGCUCAGGGGCCUGCGGGCCGAGCAGCGGGCGCAGCUGGGAGCGCUGGAGGAGCGGCUGAAGGCGCAGCACGCCGACGACAACCGCGGCCUGAGGGCCCUCCAGCGCGCCCGACUGGACCACCUCAGGCUGCAGCAGCAGGAGCAGAUGGAGGAGAUGAACGAGAACCACCAGGCCUCCCUGGUGGAGAUGGAGGCGACCCACAACGAUACGCUGGCCACCCUGCGAGAGGAGCACGACCGCACCGUGAAAAAUCUGAAGAUGGCCCACGAGCAGCAGAGGAAGUCUCUGGAGGAGGACUUUGAGAAGAUCAGACUCUCCUUACAGGAUCAGGUGGACAUGCUGACCUUCCAGAACAGGAGCCUGAGGGACCGGGCCAAACGCUUCGAGGAAGCCCUCCGCAAGAGCACCGACGAACAGAUCGUGGAUGCUCUGGCGCCAUACAAACACAUUGAGGAGGACCUGAAGAGCCUGAAGGAGGUGCUGGAGAUGAAGAACCAACAAAUCCAUCAGCAGGACUUGAAGAUUACCGAGCUGGAGAAAAUACAGGCUGAAAAGAACGUUCACCUGGAGGAGCGGGUGCAAGUGUUGCAGCAGCAGAACGAGGACCUGAAGGAACGCAUCGACAAGAACCUCGCCGUGUCCAGGCAACUUUCAGAAGAGAACGCCAACCUGCAGGUGCACGUGGAGAAGGAGAGCACGGAGAAGAAGCGGCUGAGCCGCACCAACGAGGAGCUGCUGUGGCGUCUGCAGACGGGCGAGCUCAGCCCUCGCAUGUCGCCCAGCGGCUCGCCCGUCCACCGCCCGCCCUCCGUGCCCGGCUCGCCCGCCCGCCCGCACUCCUACCACCAGUGACCGCCGCCGCCGCCGCCGCCGCCACCGGACACUUUGUGCAAACGACACUCAGGAGGAUUUCUUUUUCUUUUUUUAAAGACACACCUUGGACAAAAGACACACUGACGUUCUCCUUUUGCCUUCAUCUGUCGUCUAGCGCGACGGCCGUCCAUUUUCUUCCACCCCACCAGCGAGGACCAAAUUUCCCAUUGCUAAUGGGCAACUGGGCAGCUUGCAUCUGGUGGCAACCACUCAAGUGAGUUGAGGAACUUGAUUUAGACAAAAGUAGUCCUCGAUGGCACCACUUGCUAGCAGAGCGGGAUAGAAAAGAAAUGGCCGGCGGACGGGUGCCUUGCUCAGGGGCUGCACGCCAUGCACACCACAGGGAUUGAAGCGGUUGAAUCCGUCUCAUGUUGACAGGAACACGGGUAUUUGUAAUGUUAUGUUUGCUUUGGACUUGCCCCAGAUGGCAAAGCCAAGGAAUUGAUGAUGAUGAUGAUCACCAUAGCAAAUCAGCAUUUUGUCCUUAUGUGAGGAGAAAGAAAAAGGGAUUUGGAAUUAAAAUCGGCUUCAUAUGCAGGUAAGCCAUUCAAUGCCAUACUUUUUUCCUCUACAAAAUGUGUUCACGGAUUUGUAUCAAACAAAUUUUAAGGAAUAAUCAUUGAAAUAUGAUGAAAACAGCUUAGAGAAUUGGAUCCCUUCCAAUAGGUCGGUAGAAUGUUUUAAAAGGCAACCAAAUGCCCCUCUUCGGCCGCUACUGGAGUUAUAAAGUCUUUGUUUACAUUUCUCAAGAUUGUAUUUGUUGUCUUCAAAGCAUGUCCUCGUGCAUUUUGGUGAUUUCGAUUUCUUUGCUAAAAGAUGUCUUUGUUUGCUUCAUUGCUCUUCCAGCCAAAUUGCAUGUGUUAGCAAAUAUAUAUGUGCGUGUGUGUGUGUGUGUGUUGUCGCCACUCUUUGUACGCUAGCAUUAAAUCACCACAGAAAAUAAAUGAA